AUGAUUGGGAGCUAUGGCCAUGAAGAAGGCUACCACAACGACCAAGGAGGGACUGCACUUCACCUUCUUGCAACUGUUUCUCAAACUACAGAGAGGAUCCCCGGUCUCAAUGUGAACGUCCAAACUUCUUCUUACAUCUCUGAAAUAUCUGCUGUUUAUGGAAGGGAUGUUGACAAAGAGAAGAUACAAGACAUGCUAUUAUGGGACGGCGACCAUGAGCAUCAGCAACAAGAAGUUCGUGUGAUCGCACUUGUAGGCAUGGGAGGAAUUGGAAAGACAGCUCUUGCACAAGUCAUGUACAACGAAGAGAGAGUACAAAUGAGUUUUGAUUUAAGGAUUUGGGUUACCGUGGGUGAGGAUUUUGACCUCAUGAGGAUAGCUGAAGCGAUCCUGUAUGUUUCGACUCACAGCUCACAGAAGUUCUCCAACAUGGAUGCAUUAGAGACCGCUGUUACUAUGGAAUUGCGGGGGAAGAGAUUUUUGUGUGUGCUUGAUGAUGGUGGGUGUGAAAAUCUGCACGAAUGGGAGAUCUUAAGGAGAUGGUCAGUGCAGAUGGUGCUGGCCUGUAUUACUUAG